UUGUAAAUUUUGCCCUAGUUUUUUUGCGCCGCUAAUUCUCAUAAAUUUGUCCUUGGCAAGUAAAUCGAUAAAAGAUAUAUUUGUUUUUUCUCGCUUAUUUUUUGAAAUUUUAUUUUUUAUAUUUUAUUCUAGCAGAAAAUCUAUUUUAAAGAUAUGGAUCCUUUUGAACUUUUGGAACCUGUUGACAUUAUUCCAAAACUUCCUGCUGAUUUAGACACAAAUUUGGCAAGUAAAAAGUGGCAGGAACGUAAAACUACAUUAGAUGCUGUUCACGAAAUUUUGUUGAAAAAUCCAAAAUUGGUUCUCAAAUCUGACGCAAAUAUUAAUUGUGCUGCUGUUGCUGCUAAAUGUCUUACAGGAAUGGCUAAAGGAUUGCGCAACAAAUUUGGACCUCAUACAGCUUCAUUAUCUCCAAUUAUAUUUGACAAAUUCAAAGAGAAGAAGCCUCAUCUUCGUGAUCCUUUGAUUGAAUUAAUUGACGCUGUUUUUGCUACCACGAAUUUAAACAAUCUCACAGCCAGUAUUUUGGAAGCAGCUAAAAAGCCCAAUCCAAGCCAGAAAUCUCAACUUGAUCAUUUCAUCUACAGAACAUUUCGGUCGCUUAACAGCAAGGAUAUUCCUAAAGGACUUUUAAAGGAUUUGGUUGCGUCAUUGACUAAUCAUGCCUCUGACUCCGAUCCUGAGGUUCGUGAUGCCUCGUGUGCUGCUUUGGGUGCUAUACAAAAAUGUAUCGGUGAAAGUGCACUUGCAGUUUUCCUAGGUGCUGAAAUUGUUAAAGAUUCCACAAAGAUGUCAAAGAUUGCUGAAUAUCGUGAAAAGGCUGUCGUUGAAGCUGAAAGUCAAAAGCAAGCCUCCGAGAAUAAUUGUGCUUCUGCAGCAUCCUCUCAACAAUGUCAACAGCAAAUAUCUACAAACACAAAUCAUCAACAACAAAGUGUCCCCGAACCACAACCACAGCAAAUUGAUCCUUUUGAACUUUUGGACCCUGUUGACAUUAUUCCAAAACUUCCGGGUGAUUUAGACACUCAAUUGGCUAGUAAGAAGUGGCAAGAAAGAAAAGCUGUAUUGGAUUUAGUUCAUGGCAUUUUGUUAGAAAAUCCAAAGUUGGCGGACAACCCGGAUUAUGGGGAUUUGAUUGAUAAGCUUACAAAGGUUCUCAAAUCUGACGCAAAUAUUAAUUGUGCUGCUGUUGCUGCUAAAUGUCUUACUGGAAUGGCUAAAGGAUUACGCAACAAAUUUGGACCUCAUACAGCUUCAUUAUCUCCAAUUAUAUUUGACAAAUUCAAAGAGAAGAAGCCUCAUCUUCGUGAUCCUUUGAUUGAAUUAAUUGACGCUGUUUAUGCUACCACGACUUUAAACAACCUCUCAGCUAGUAUUUUGGAAGCAGCUAAAAAGCCCAAUCCAAGCCAGAAAUCUCAACUUGAUCAUUUCAUCUACAGAACAUUUCGGUCGCUUAACAGCAAGGAUAUUCCUAAAGGGCUUUUAAAGGAUUUGGUUGCGUCAUUGACUAAUCACGCCUCUGACUCCGAUCCAGAAGUUCGUGAUGCUUCUUGUGCUGCAUUGGGUGCUAUACAAAAAUGUAUCGGUGAAAGUGCACUUGCAGUUUUCCUAGGUGCUGAAAUUGUUAAGGAUUCCACAAAAAUGUCAAAGAUUGCUGAAUAUCGUGAAAAGGCCAUUUCUGAAUGUCCUAGUGCCAAAAUUGAGUCUGUAAAGUCUGUCGUUGCAGCACCACCACCUCCUAAUGUCAAAAAGGCUGUUGAAAACAAAGCUAAAGUGCAGAACAAUACUACUAAACCGACAAUUGCUGCUUCUAACAAUAAACCCGAAUCUGUUCCUGAUUCUGUUGAGAAUUCUGAAGAUGAUGCCUCUACUCAAGUUCAACAAACCAACCAGAAGAAAGCUGUUAAAAAUUCUAAACAACAACAGAAACCUGAACAGCCCAAAGUUGAGCCAAAAGUUGAAGAUUCGGAACCUGAAUUUUUGUUAUUAUUUAAAAGUGAUAGGGCUUUGCGACUUAAAGAGGAAAAGGCUCUUAAGACUUUAAAAUGGAACUUUGACACACCUACGGCAGAACAUUUAGAACAAUUAACUAAUUCCUUGACUUCUGUGACAAAACCUCCGUUGACUGGACAGUUGUUUAAUAAGGAUUUUAAACAACAAAUUAAAGCUAUUGAAUAUCUUAAUGAGGUUCAUGCAGCUUCACCAGAAUGUAUUAUAAACAAUAUUGAUCUCCUUCUCAAAUGGUCAACUUUGCGUUUCUUUGAUACAAACCCUUCAGUUUUAAUCAAGGUAUUAGAAUUUAUACUUGCUGUAUUUACACAAAUGGAAGCAAUGAAUGAAGGUUUGAAUGAUUUGGAAAUGCAAUCUUUUUUGCCUUAUUUACUUUUGAAGUGUGGUGAUUCAAAAGAUUUAAUUAGAAAUCAAGUUCGUAAAAUUGUACAUGUACUCAAUUCAAUUUCUGUCCCGUCAAAAAUUUUUCCACUUAUUCUUGAUAGUUUAAAAACUAAAAAUUCGAGACAAAAAGCUGAGGGAUUGGUAAUUGCUGAUUCAUUAAUAGAGAUCAUGGGUCUUUCAAUAACAACAACACCACAAAUAACUAUGCGUACUUUUGGUGCUUGUAUUUCUGAAAGAGAUGCUGCUGUACGUAACGCGGCACUGAAUGCUAUAAUUACUGUUUAUCGAGGAAUGGGUUGUGAUCGAGACAAAAUUUUCUCUUUAAUUGGACAGCUUGGGGAAAAAGAACGCGCAAUGCUUGAUGAACGAAUUAAGCGGACAGGAGCAUUUGAUCCAAAAUCUGCAAAUCGUCCACAAACAACUCGAGAUAUGUCUACUAGCCGUCUCAACUCUAGAAUGCAAAAUUCGAGUUCACAACCAAAUUCAACAAUUAGAGCGCGUUCUGCGAGCGGACCUCGACGCCCUUUGGACUUGGCUUUACCCGGAAAUAACUCAAUGAUGUUAGCUGGAGCAGAUGAUAAUAACAACACUAAUGUUCGUGCUCCUCGUCGUUCACAUAACGUUACAGCUACGGGUCUUUCUUCUGCUCAUUCACAUGCUGCUUUAAGUUCGGCAUUGAAUCAGACUGGUGGUCGUUUUCAAUUGGAUCCUAAAUUCUUUCAAAAUGAUUUUGACGACGCUGGAAGGACUCUAGUGGUUAAUUCUGGAGGAGCAAAUCAAUCCACCAGUUUAAACUCGACAUUUACUAAAAAUGAUGUGGGGCAACCAGAACGAGGUGUUUUGGCAAAUCGAAAUGUUCAGCCAAGUGGAAGUAGUAUUGAUCAACAAGAUUUACAACCAAUUAAGCCUGUAAUUCGCCCUGUAAGCACAUUCUCCCGACGUAGUGAAUCUGUAUCUUCUAUUUCUUCGCUAGAAAGUACUGAAUAUAUUGAUCGAGCUGUUCAUAAUGUCUCUUGUUUACAAUUAAGCAUUGCUGAUGAAGCUAUUGCGCAGGUUUAAUUUUUUCUUUUUUCACAUUAAGGUUCGAUAAAAAUUCCAAUAGCUCGAAAAUACCUUAUAUUUGUUUAUUUUACAAAUAUAGCUAUUUAAAAAGCAAAAACAAGAAAGUUUACAACAAGCGGACUCGAACCACAGACCUCUGGUUUAUCCAUACCCGCCAGAUUUUUUCUAAAUUACACUUAACCAAACGAUGUAAAAAGGGAACAAAUUUUAUUUUAAGGGGCUCCACA